AUGUUCCCGGAGGACCGCUUCCACCCGCUGGGGCCGGACGCCGACCGCCUGCACGACGACCUGGUGGAGGCCACGGAGCUGGAGAGCACGCCCAAGACCUCCAGGGAGCUGGGCUCGACGCUGGUGCUGCACCAGUUCCUGCCGGCCUGGGACGUGCAGGCCUAUCUGCGGGUGGCGGGCAUCCGUCUGCACGUGCACAACUCCAAGUACCCGGCGUACGAGGCCACAGGUGAGCUGCCCCAGCUCAGCGAUGGCAACUUCCUGCUGCCCAAGGAGGAGAUCAUCAUGCACCUGCAAACGUUCCACAAGGACAUUGACGAGUUCCUGAGCGACGCGCAGCGCAGCGAGUCGUACGCGUACCGCUCGAUGCUGUCCGAGAAGCUGCAGCGCGUCAUGCUCUACUGCCGCUGGGUGGACUCGGCCACGUACCGGGAAGUCACGCGCCCGCACAUGAAGCGCAACAUCCCGUUCCCGCUGAACCUCUUCUUGCCCAAGAAGAUGCACCUGGACACGAUGGAGAAGCUGCGCAUGUACGGCAUCUCGACCAAGGAGCAGGCCUACGUCAUCGCGCGCGACUGCUACACGGCGCUCAACGCGAAGCUCGAGAGCGCUGGCUCGCCCUACUUCUUCGGAGAACAGCCCAGCGCCCUCGAUGUUGCCGUCUUCGGCCACAUCGUUGACGCUCUCGGCAACUCGCAGCUGGCGGCGACCGUGCACCAGCACGCCCCGCUGCUCAUCACACUGUCGGAGCGCAUCCGCGACGCGUACUUUGGCGCGCCCGGUGAGCAGCCCACAAGUCUCAGUGAAGAAGCUAUGUAUUCGGAAAACCAGGCCAACUACUUCACCAGCACCUCGCUGGACAGCGGCUUCAUGAAGGUGUCGCAGCCCCUCCAAGUGGCCUUCCUCAAGCCUUACCGCAGCCUGGACUGGAGUCGCCGCGAGCUGGCCUCGGAGGUUACGGAGAAGAAGCGCGAACGGGAAGCUGAGAUACACGCAGCAGCCGAAGGACAGGACAAGGCAUUUGAGAAGGGCCCCCGUAACGUUAUCAUCGGCGCCAUUGCUGCGCUGGUGCUGUAUACUCUAGCCGCGCUGCCUGUAGCUGUGCAGUUCGGUGAUGAGGACGACGAUGAGGAGUAUUACGAGGACGACGAUGACGACGACGAAUAG